GCUGCCCGCUGCACAAUCCAUACCACUACUGAGGUUAUGAUAAUUGCAUCGCUUUGGCGGCUUGUUUUUCGUUAUUGUUGUUUAUUUUUUCUUCCGCAUUAAACACGAUUUAAUUGUUAAGUUUCGAGUUGAUACUUAGUGAUUGUGCAACCAGAAGUGUGAAUGAAUCAUGAUUAACUUUUUAAUUCAUCAAAAAUUUGUAAAACUUCGCAAUGAAACAUUAAUUUGUAUGUAAAAUAUAUAUCAAUGAGUGAUUUUAACAAAAUGAAGGCAAAUUGCCAAGAAGAUUUCACAUCUUUAUUGUCAUCUGACGAUGAAGUGAUUGUUCCUAAGAGAUUAAAUUUCAAAUCAUUUAAGAGGUCGACCAAAGCAACUAUAAUAAGUGAAUCUGAUGACAGUGAUUCAUAUAAUAGUAAUGUCGUUGAGAAAGAGUUGUUUGGUAAAAAUGACACAAAAAACAAACUUGAUUCACCAGUCGAUUCUCUGAAAGGAUCAAAAAGUUCUUAUAUGACACAGAAAUUUGAAUCUCCAAAAAAAGUUUGGAAAGGACCAGAUGUGAAAUUGCAUUUAAAGCCUCUUGGUCUGGACAAUAAACUUGAUAAAUGGAUUGAAUCUUUGAAAAAAGAUCCUUUGAUUUCAUCACAUGCAUCUGCAGACACUGAAAAAAAGUUGAAAGAGAAUGAUUCCACUUUAAAGGAUAUUGAUAUUCAAAUUUUGGAAAAGUUCUACAAUGCUAUGGAUAACAUGCCAAUUGAAGUUUUGUCAAAGUUUCCUCAAUUUGAACCAGAAACAUUCCAAAAGUUAAAAAGUAUUCGACAGAAAGUUAGAUGUAGAAUUCGUCAAAAUGAAAGACGAUUGAUAUCUCUUGAUACUAAAAAAGAGUCAAUCAAUAGUACAAACUAUAAUGAUCUGUUUCAAGAUUUUGCAGAAUCAAAUUGUAAACGUGAUAGAAAUGAAAUCAGUCAUCAUAAUAAUGGAGAAAUAAGACCUAAUAAAAUUGAGGUAACAAAUGAAUUUAAAAAAUCUCUUUCUCUUUCCAAAAUCACAAAUGCCAUUAACCAAAACAAGGAGCAAGAUUAUUUGGUUAAACCAGGAUCUUCUCCCUCUGACAAAUUGAAAAAGAAAAGUCAGUUCCAACUUAAAAUACCAGUCAAAACAAAAAUGUCUCCAGAAGUAACAAAAAAAUUAACUGAAAUGAUGGAUAAAAAUAAAAAAAAUGCAAUUAUAAUUCCUGAUAAUGAAGAAAGAACAAAUCAAUUUGAUGUCGCAGAAUCAUAUGCAGAAAACAAUGAGUUUAAUUAUUUAAAUUCAACUACAUCUUUCUGUGAUACAAGUAUUUUGGAUUCUAAAUCUCCAUCACCAUCUCCAAAAAAAAUGAAUAAAAUGAGUUUAGGUAAAAGAAAUUAUCAUGAAAACUCCACCUCUAUGGCAGAAUCUAACAAAAGCAAUGAUCACUGGAAUAAUUAUAACGAUAGUUAUGAUAAUGAAAUCAACUUGUCAUUGCAAUCUAGAGAAAGUGAUUGUUUUAUAGUUUCUACCAAAGAAGAAAGUUUGAACGAUAAAUCAACUUCUUUCAAAAAAAUGUUUGGAGAUGAUGACUACUUAAACAAACCAAAUUUUUCAAAAACUAGUACAGAAACUAAAUUUACUGGAAACUUCAAAAAUGAUGGCAUUAGUGGGGAUUUUGAUGGGUUUGAAUAUCCAUUUUCUAAAUUAAUGCUACAGAUAUUUCGAAAAAAAUUUGGUUUAUAUGAAUUUAGACCCAACCAGUUGCAAGCUAUAAAUGCUGCUAUUUUGGGAUUUGAUUGUUUUGUUUUGAUGCCAACGGGUGGCGGUAAAUCAUUGUGCUAUCAAUUACCAGCGCUAAUGUCACCUGGACUAACAAUAGUUGUUUCACCAUUAAAGAGUCUUAUAUUAGAUCAAACACAAAAAUUACUUUCAUUGGAUAUUCCAGCUACUCAUAUGUCUGGUGAUUUGACUGAGGCUCAAGUUGAUUCUGUUUAUAGGGAAUUGUGUAAAAAAGAAGUUACACUUAAACUUUUAUAUGUAACACCAGAAAAAAUAUCUAUAUCACAAAAAUUGAUAUCUACUUUAACGGCUCUUUAUCAAAGAGGACAAUUAAGUAGAUUUGUUAUAGACGAGGCCCACUGUGUCAGUCAAUGGGGUCACGACUUUCGACCAGAUUAUAAAAAAUUGAAAAUAUUAAGAGAAAAUUAUCCUAAUGUGCCUACCAUGGCACUAACAGCUACAGCUACUCCAAGAGUUAGAACUGAUAUUUUAAAUCAGCUAGGAAUGACAACGCCAAAAUGGUUCAUGUCGAGUUUUAAUAGACCCAACUUGCAAUAUAGAGUAAUUAUAAAAAAAGGAAAGAGCUCCUCAGAUGAAGCAACUGGUAUGAUACAAGCUAAAUUCAAAAACGAAUGUGGUAUUGUAUACUGCAUAUCUCGUAAGGAUUGUGAUGAUUAUGCAGAGCAAAUGAAAUUAAACGGAAUUAAAGCCAUGAGCUAUCACGCAGGACUAUCUGAUAAGCAACGUUCAACCAUUCAAGGAAAAUGGAUAGCAGAAAAAAUAAAAGUAAUUUGCGCUACUAUAGCUUUUGGAAUGGGAAUCGAUAAACCAAAUGUUCGGUUUGUUAUACAUGCAGGACUUCCAAAGUCUAUAGAAGGUUACUAUCAAGAAAGUGGCAGAGCUGGACGUGACUCGGAAAAUGCGGAAUGUAUAUUGUUUUACAAUUAUGCGGACAUGUAUAGACACAAAAAAAUGAUACAACUGGACGCUUCCAGCGCUGAAGCUAAAAAGACAAAUGAAGAAAAUCUUAUGAAAAUGGUUGCUUACUGUGAAAAUAUAACAGACUGCCGCAGAGCUAUACAAUUAAAUUACUUUGGUGAGUUGUUCGACCGUGAACUAUGCAUAGCUAAUAAAGCGACAGCUUGCGAUAAUUGCAGACUUCAAGGACAAUUUGUUGAACAAGAUGUAACAGAUGAUGCAAAAGCUCUUAUUACACUUGUGAGAGACUUGACGAAAAAUCGAUCGCAAAGAGUUACUGUAUUGCAACUUAUUGAUAUCUAUAAGGGCAGUAAUUUACAAAAAAUUAGAGAUUCAGGUCAAGAUAAGCACAAAUAUUUUGGUAAAGGAAAAUCAUGGACAAGAUCUGAUUUAGAAAGAGUGUUACAUAAAUUAGUGCUUGAAAAUUAUCUUAAAGAAGAAAUGUAUAUAACUAAUGAAAUAGCUUGUGGAUAUCUUGGAUUAGGUCCAAAAGCUCAAGAUCUUAUGAUUUCUAACAAAAAGAUAUUCAUAAAAAAUAAAAAGCCUUCUGAAAAAUCAAAUGCGAUAGCAACCGUGACUAGUAUAUCCAAGGCGGGUGAUAACGAACUGAGAGAAUUAGAGCAAAAUUGUUACACUGAACUAGCCCAAAUUGUAAAUGGAAUCGCAGAUGCACUGGAAGUGUCGUCUAAUUCUAUAAUGAAUAUGGUAGCCGUGCGAGUAAUGAGCCAGCGAUUACCAGAAACUGAAGAGGAAAUGUUAAGUAUUCCUCAUGUGACCAAAGCUAAUUACGACAAGUACGGUAAAACCUUGAUGGAUAUCAUUCAGAAAUAUGCAGAACAAAGAAAAGAAAUUUUAAAGAAGAAAGAAAUUAUUAAAACGGCAAUUGAAACAGUAGAAAAUGAUUUUGAAGAAAGUAUGGAAGAUGACGAUUGGAGAGAAACAGUAAACUCAGUAGUAAAAACUGGUGUUAAAAGAAGACCUUCUCGCCGUGGAGGAACGUAUAAAAAAUUCAAACGUUCUGGAAGUGCCAGGGGAGGAAAAUCUAGGGGUAGAGGUAGAGGCGUUUCUUCCAGAGGUAGAGCUUCAUCUUCCCGAGGUAAAACUACAUCUUCUCGAGGAAAAGCAUCCACCUCUACUGGCCCUGGUUUGAUGGAAUUUUCUCAAAAAAAAUCUUACACGGAUCACCCUCAUCGUUAUUUAUCGCUCCUAUAAAACAAUCUAUACCAAAAAUCAUCACAAAUCUUAAAGACUGAUUGAUAAAGGAAUAACGUCUUUUAUAGAUUUUACUGUUGUUCUUAUAUUAUAAUUUAAUGUAAAAUCCUAUUUAAGAUUAAUCUUUUACAGACUGAUACAACAUUUCUUAGUACUGAUUAAUUCAAGUUUUUACUGUAUGCUCAACAAUUUUUGUUUUUAAGGAGGCUUAUAGCAGAUACUAAUAAUUCAAAUUUAAAUAAUUUUGUUUUCAGUUAUAGCAUUCACUUUGAACCGAAUAAACCAUUCGAAAAUAUAAUUUAUUUCACACUUGUUUUUGCGAAAUAAAAAUUUCUGACAUUUUAUAAAAAAUCAACUGAUUUUUAAACUGUUAUAUAGAAUCCUACUGGAUAAUAAUUAUACUGUUUGUGAUUGUACUCGUACUGUUGAUGAAAAUAAAUUAUUUUUCUACUAAAAAUAAAAUUGUUAACACAAAUAAAUAAUUUUUGAAUGAUUUUUAUAUUUUCUUAAAGUGACUUAUAAGUAAUAACCAGAACGUUUUUAUAUG